AUGUAAAAUCUUUAACUUUCUUAAACUAAAAAAAACUCAUCAAAAUAAGAAGAAUAAAAAAAAGAAGAAGAAACAUCAAAAAAUGAAGAUAAAUAAUAUUAGUAAAUAAUAAAAGAUAACUUAAAUAACUAAGAAUUAUAAAAUGCUUAUAUAGAAAUAUUAAAUUAAGAAGGUAUAAGAUUUGCAUAAAUUGGUACUUUAUAUUAAUUAUAAGAACAUUUAAAUUAAAUGUUGCCAAAAUCAUAUGCCUUUAAUGAGGACGAAAUUGAAUAUUAAAGAAGAUUCGCCGAAGAAGAUGAAGAAGAAAUUAAUAAUAAUUACAAAGAAGACAACCGAGAAUAUAUAAAAGACGAAGAAGAAGUUCAAAAUUAAAUAAUCGAAUUUGACAAUUCACUUGUAUCAUAAUUUUCUUAAUCGAACUAUAAAUCUAAUGUUAAAAAUAUUCAAUAAGCAAAGAUUUAUGACAGAACUUUUGUUUCUAAAGGCUAAUACAUUGAAAUUUUCAGAGUUAAGGAAGAUAAUGAAAACCAAGAUAAUUUAGAACAUCUAUGUUAACUUCCUAUAAUAAAAGGAUUAGAUGGUUAAUCAUUUGAACCACGAAAAAUUCUUUUAUAAGACGAAGAUACUAAAAUUCUAUUAUUAAAUGAACUAGAAUAAAAAAAAAUAUAUUAUUAUGAUAUAGAAUCUGGAAAAAUAAUAUAAGAAUUCAAAUGUAAUGAAAAUACAGUUUAAGAUUUUGCUCCUUAAUAGAAACAUCCUGAAAACACAUGUUUCUAUGGUAUAAAUAGUAAAAAUAUAUUUUUAAUGGAUCCUAGAAAAGCAGAAGGAAAAGCUACAAGUGAUGUAGUUUAAAAGAGCAAAAUAUAUGAUUAAAAUAAUAAAUUUACAUGUGUUUAGAGCAAUGAGAAAGGAAAUUUUGUAAUAGGAAGUGAAGACGGAAGUAUUCGUUUGUUUUCGGAAAUUGGAAAAAUGGCUAAAAAUAAAUUUGUUGGUUUUGGAGAUCCUAUUUUAAGUAUUGACACUUCUAAAGAUUUGAAAUGGAUAUUGGCUACAUGUAAGACUUAUUUAAUUUUAUUGCCAAGUUAUUCGGCUAAAGAUUAAUAAAAAGAUCUUUAUAAUAAUAAAGUUAAUUACUAAGAUAGAAGAAUUCCUAAAAAACUAACUCUUAAUUAGGAAGAUCUUAAAGCUUUAAUGGUUAAUUAAAUAGGAUUCACAUCUGCUAAAUUCGAUGAUUCAAUUAAUUCUUUGGAAAGAUUUAUUGUUACUUCUAUUGGAAACUUUACAGUUGUUUGGGAUUUCUAGAAAAUCAUUAAAGGUGUUAAAGAUUGUUAUGAAAUUACUAGAUCAGAUGAAAUUAUUUAAUGUGCAGAAUUCAAGUUUAACUCAGAAAAUAAAAUAUUUUCAGCUUCUAAAAGUAAAUUGGAGGUUUAGAAAAUUCAUAAAUCUAAAAAGAAAAAUUGA